AUGCCUCGCAGCCAAACCCCAUUGCGGGCUCCGAAAAAACGUUCCACGGAAAAAAAGCCAGCACCAAAGCGUAAGGCUGGCCGAGCACUAAAUGCACUCGCUAUUGCAGAGAAGCAAGUACACACAAAACUUGGCGUUCGCCGCACUCGUCUGGGCUUUUAUGAUGACGGUUCAAAUGACCGCAAGAGACAUUCCGCUCAGAAUGAGGACGAUGAAGAUGAUGAAGAGGGUCGAACUCAGAAACGCCGCAGAACAGACCAUACCGGUGAAGAUGGAAGCAUUGAUGGCGGCAGCGACAGCGAAGGCCACGAGUGGAAGAUAGGACAAGUUGGCAGUGACGACGAAGAGCUGGACAGUGAUGAGGCUCUGGGAUCUAGCGACGAGGAAAGAUUUGAAGACUUCACAUUCCGCGGAAGCUCCAAGCCACAAUCCAAGCCGAAGAAGCUCGCCAACAAGCGAUCCAAAAUAAACCUUGACGAGUCCGACGAGGAAGAAUCAGAUGAAGAAGAAGAUGAAGAUGAUCUCGGGGAAGACGCCGUGGAUCUCCUUACUGCCUGGGACAUGAACACGGCGGCGGAGGAAGAGGAAUCUAAGAAAACUACCUCUAAACCCAAAAAUUCCGGGACGGAUGACGAAAGUGAAGAUUCUGGCUCAGAAGGGGACAGCGAAGAAGACCUCAGUGAUGAUACUGGGUUGUCUCUUUCAGAUGACGAAGAUGCAGAUGCCCACGGCUUAUCCAAGCUCCAAGAUUUUGUUAAAUCAAUGGGAACUGAAAGAUCUAAAAAGUAUACGCAAAAGUCGCAAGAACAUGGUCUGCCUACCGAAUUCGGAUUGACCUCUUCUCGGAAAUUGACUGUCGCUGAUUUGUUGCCCUCUAUCACUGAUUCCCGCCUUAAGAGCUCCUUGAAGCAUGUUGACGCCACUCCUCAAGGGAAGCAGGGCGGUAUUCCAGGCAAGCUGGAUGCGCCCCUGCCAAAACGUCAACAGGACAAACUUGACAGAACUGCUGCUUAUGAAAAGAGCAAGGAAACCCUCGACCGAUGGCUCGAUACAGUCAAGCACAAUCGCAGGGCAGACCACCUCGUUUUCCCUCUUCCCGACCCGGAUGCUCAACAAACCCACCGCAUGGAUAUUGUAAAGCCCACUACCGACCUUGAGAGCACCAUUCAGAACAUUCUCGCUGAGAGCGGUUUGGCAGAAGUAAAGGGUAAGUCAGGCGAAGACCAAGUUCAGGAGUUCGAAGAGCUUCAAUCUCGCACGAUACCCAUCGAGGAGAUCCAGGCACGACGCGCAGAGCUGCGCAAGCGACGUGACCUGCUUUUCCGUGAAGAGGUGCGCUCAAAACGAAUCAAGAAAAUCAAGAGCAAGUCUUACCGACGCGUUCAUCGCAAGGAGCGUGAGAGACUCGAACAGCAAGAACGACAAGCGCUAUUGGAAGCCGGUGUGGAUUUGGAUGAGGAGGACCGCGAGCUGAACGAGCGCCGGAGAGCCGAGGCUCGCAUGGGCUCUAAGCAUCGUGAAAGCAAGUGGGCCAAGAGCUUGAAGGAGAGUGGUCGUACUGCCUGGGACGAGGAAGCUCGCAACAAUGCCGCCGAUUUGGCUCUCAGAGAGGAAGAACUCCGAAAGCGGAUUGAGGGUAAGGGAGUUUCUCGGGCCAACGAAGAUUAUCUUGGCUCCUCGAGCUCGGAAUCAGAAGACGAUGACCCCUGGGCUUCAGAUGCCUCUGAGGUGCAGAAGCGCAAGCUGCGCAAAAAGCUUAGUGACUUGCAAAACAUGGCCCCUAAUGACGGUGACAAGGGACCUCAUUCCGCCCUUUACGAAAUGAACUUCAUGAAGAAAGCUGAAGCUGCCCGUAAGCUACAAAACGAUGCGGAAAUCAGACGACUCGACCGUGAGCUUCGCGGUGAAGACUCACAGUCCGAGGCCGAGUCGGAGGUUGGUCGACGGAAAUUCGGCCAGUCUGGAGCCACAGCGAAGGCGAAGGUACUGCCAAAGGACGAUCUUGAAGGACCACCUGGUUCCGAUGAUGAACAGCGUCAAGUAGCCGGGUCAGAUCAGGAUGUUGAUACGAAGGUUGGCCGUUCAGGCAAGCAGAAGUCUGCUAUCUCUGGUGCCAAGUCUGCAGCUCAACCCUCAAAAAAGAUGUUCAGCCAGCAGAAGGAAGAUGUUGAAGAGAACCCGUGGUUGAUUCAGACUGAGCGCAACAAUCGUCGCCGAACCGGUACAAACGCUCAGGACUCAAUCGAUAUCUCACUUGACAGCCCUCAGCUUCAAGUCGGUGAAGUAAGCGCCUCUUCCAAGAAGAGAAAGGCUUCCAAAGUCACUGUCGCCAAAAACAAAGUUCCAGAUUAUGAAAGCGAUGAUGAGGAUAGUGUGCCUGUAUUGUUGAAGAAUCAUGACCUUGUGAAGCGUGCAUUUGCUGGGGAUGAGGUCGUCCAAGACUUUGAGCAAGAAAAAAUGGAUACCAUUGAAGAUGAAGGCGAUAAGGUGGUAGACAACACACUGGCUGGAUGGGGUAGCUGGGCCGGCGAGGGCGUCAGUAAGAAAGCACAGAAGAAGAAGCGUUUCCUGACAAAAAUGGAGGGUGUCAAGCCCGAGCAGCGCAAGGACGCAAAGCUUGCGCGUGUCAUUAUCAACGAGAAGCGCGUCAAGAAGAACGUCAAGUAUAUGGCAAGCCAGCUCCCGCACGGAUAUGAGACUAAGACUCAAUAUGAGCGGUCUUUACGAAUGCCGUUGGGCCCGGAGUGGUCUACAAAGCAAACUUACCAGAGCGAAACCAAGCCUCGUGUCAUGGUCAAGCAGGGCAUAAUCAAGCCCAUGGAGAAGCCCAUGCUUUAA